UCUGUCAAUCAUUUUAUCAAAAAGAUCACAUCGUCCGCGUAUCGGAUGUUGGUCAGCCACCUGAACCCAUUAACAUCAAAACCAUGCGUUUGCAACCGGUGUUUCCAUCUGCCCAUUAGCAACCUCCAAGCCACAGUUGGAAAGCAAUGGGCUCAUGAUGUCGCCUUGUCUCACCCCAUGUUGAAUAGCAAACCGCUUGCCACCCUUGAUCCAACCAGUCUGUUUUCGAUAAAGUUCUGCAAUUAGCUACAGGCUACAGGUAGCGACCCGGCACACCAUGAGCAGACAUUGUGAUGAACACAGCGACAUGCCAAUUCUGUCAAGGCCUUUUUCAAGUGCAGGCUUGCACGCCAUAAGUCACAAUUCAAUUCCAAGGACUUGCUGAUUAGUGUUUCCAUUGUGACAAAAUCAUUAUCAACACCAGAAUUAGGUUUAAAUCCUGUUUGGCCGUGUGGUUGCUGAGAAUGCAAGUGGUUUCCCAAUCGCAAACACGAAAAAUUCGAAACAAAUUUCUAGUGUAUCUGAAGGAUCGCAAUCGGCCUCCAAUUGUGCAGUGGCGUUCUCAUUUUGUCGACGCGCUGGUCCACUCGCUUUCCCCAUUUUCCUGUGCGGCUCGUCGCCCGACAUAGGAUUGGCACAGGCUGGCUUCCUGCAGGGUCAGCUAUAUACGCAGGCCGUGGCGCCUACGUAAAAAACACGCGACCCAAACACACAAGAGACAAGCGAAGUUUAAUUUGUGUUUAAUUUUUGCGGUUCACUGCACAAUCGCAAACUUAGUGGUAGUCAUCAUGAUGGUGAGGGUGAUGGUUGUGCAUUUGUAUGUGUUGUGCAGCCGGGCUCCGGUUGUCCGGAUGCGAUUCUGAGAUGGCAAGCCGAUGUGAAUGCAGAUCAUGGCCAUCGUCAAAGGCCUCGAAGAGUAUUAUCACCAACCGUCACCUUCAUAAAUCCAAUCUGGGACGGACAUUCUGGCCAGAGGUGUUCAGUGCGCUCACAAUGUUGCUUCCAGCACUCCAUGGUUAUUUUCGAGCGCCUGACAUUGCAGCAUCGGCAGCGUUUCCGCAAGGUGUGUGGGCAUUGGCAUACGCGGCCAUAUUUCACUGCCCCAUCAGCAUGGCAUAUCACCUUUCCAACGCUGUCUAUGAUGGGGCACCUGGAUAUGAUGUACUCUGCACACCGUUUCGAACGGCAGACUUGAUUGCCAUACACUUGUGUUGUGUGGCUUUCGGUUGGGCCGAAUCGCAUGGCCACCUGGAAUACACAAUUUUCAUAACGAUCAUCAACAUUGGAUGCAUCGUCUCUUUGUUGCACACUUUGAUUUGUGAAAGGCGUGGUGGCAGACACGAGAACUACUUGGUGGCCUUCUGUGUUUUCCUGUACACCUUACCGGUUCUCGUCCGCAGUGAUUACUGCAACUACGCAGGAAUUGCCGGGUCCUGGUUCCUCGCAUGUGUUUUCCAGUCUCUGAAUCCCAAGAUGGGAGGUUGGGGACACGGUCUUUUCCACGUGAUGCUUGUGCCAUACUUCCACUUUUUGAUGCAUGGUGCUGCAGCUUCAAGAUGAGCUUGGCUUCCACCGACAUGGUGAGCUUGGCGUCCACCAAUCUUUUUCAAUGAGAGCAGCUUAGAUAUUGAGUGCACACAUUGGAUGAGGCACUUUUCGGCAAUUUUAUCUCUCUGAGCCAACAAAGACCUACAAACUUGCUCUUACAAAAGGCCGCCAAAAAGUUUCAGGAGACUCGAACGACGGAAGACUUCCAAGACCG